AUGGAAGGAGCCAAGGCAGCGGUGGAGCCGCCAGCGGGCGGGCAGCUGGAAUCGGCGCUCCUCCAGAUCAUGCAGCAACACCACAACCAAUCCAUCCGCCAGCGCCAACAAACCGAGAGGGUGAAGAAGAAUGCCAUGAGGAGCGCGUCACGGGUCGCCGGCCACCUCGUGGAAGCCGUUGAUGGUGGCGUGCAGGAGCUCUUCGUCAACGAGAAGCGCAUCGAGCUAGAGGCCCGCGCCCUGCUGGGAACCAUCACACGGUACAGGAAGCAGACCGACCAGUGGCUCGCUGCCACCAAUGCGGUCAACUCGGUCCUAAAGGAAAUUGGAGAUUUUGAGAAUUGGAUGAAGAUCAUGGAUUUUGAUUGUAAAAGUGUAAAUGCAGCCAUUCGUAACAUUCAUCGAUCAUGACUUUGUCUG